AUGGUAUUUAUGGAUGGUCUCUCUAAGGAUGAGUUGAACAGUAUCGCAAAAGCUUUAAAAAACGAAAAAUUUCGCAAUUUACUUGCCGAGUACGCAGAGGAACUCAAAGACCCCGAAAACCGGCGUCGGUACGAAGAGGAAAUAACCGAAUUGGAAAAACAGCGAGGACGAGACAUUCAGUUCAUACUCCCCGAACCAGGGUUCUGUCUUAAAGCUCGUUCCAAAGAUUCCGAUACAAUCUUCUAUAUCAACAUGUCUUCCAACAAAGACAUCCAAAAGCCAUCCUGUCGUAGAGAGCGGGCAAAUCAGUCCGGGGCUACGUGGUCGAUACCCCACUCCAUUUUCAAACCGAAAGAGGGAACGACUCCGAAUCUCAAACAAUGCACAAUUGUGGACGUCGUCUUUCACCCCGACACUAUUUCUCUCUCCAGGAACGCAGCCUUCAGUAAAAUGGCCAUUCAGGUGGCUAUUGAGAGCAUCAACAAGGCUUUUGAUCUCCGAAUCGACCCCCGAUCGGCCAAAUCACUUAAAAUUCUUUACAAGGGGACCCCCACUGCCUCCAUCAUAAACAAGGACGGCUCCAACCGUCCUGUUGACCCGCCAACACUCGAAGAAUUGCUUCCAAAUAAUCCUAAAUGUAUUCCGACGGAAAAUAACCAGCCGACUCGGCCAGAAUUCCAAAUCAAAUAUCGUUCGAAGGUCGAGUUGAGGGAUUAUGACCGACUCAGCACUCCCGCAGACCGUAGUAGGCCAAAUGAACUCCAAUUGACCGUUUUCCUUCCCAACGUGACCAGUGCGGGGGAUGUGGACUUGGAGAUAUUCGAGAGACAUGCAGUCCUCUCAGCUCCACCACCCCUUAAUUAUGACCUCCAUAUUCCUUUUAAACAGUCAGUUGACGAGGACAAGGGCAGGGCUGUGUUCGACAAGACACACAAAAAAUUGAUCGUCACCCUUCCAAUCGUCUACAAGGAUUUACCCCCUCAGCACCCUCCAAUUGUCUCUGAAAUACAACCAGAAGAGAACGAGCCAGUCUCUGACGUGCCUAUAGAAGAACCCCCUGUUUUAUUGGGAAAAGAAAUUGAUCAAAUUAGUCGGGAAAUGCCUAUUUUUGACAGUCGACUGGAGGAUGAUGGAUUGUACCUCAUAUUGAGGACACCAGGAGUGUCUCCAGACAAUCUGACCGUAGAAGUGAGUGAAGAGAAUAGACUGUGUGUACUCCUCACCUCCUUGGGUCAGGGAGGGUUCCCGCUUUAUUACAAACUCGCUCUCUCUGUUGAAGGGGCCACAUGCCUUUCUUACAGAACAGACAUUUCUCAAGAUAAUGUCCUCCUUGUAAUUUUGUAUACUGCGGGAGAACAAGUGCCGGUGAUCCACUAUGGUCCUUCAUUUGAGAAUCUCUCAUUGGUUAGUCCUCCUUCUAAUGGUGUGUAG